CUGUACGCUCACUCCUCACUUCGCUACCUCUCCACUCUCUUCAGCAUGGUUUUCCUCGGCUUUGGCGUGACUUAUAUAGUGUACCCACGCUUAGGAUACUCCUUAUCUGGCUUCACUGUCUCCUCAACCAACAAUGCAGACGCCGAACUUAUGGACUGCAUCAUGGUGCUAUACGGCGCGAAGGAUUUGUUCAUGGCGGUAGCGAUAAUGGCGUCAAUCUGGUAUGGAACGAGGAAGAGCGCGGGCAUGAUGAUGGCGGCGAGUGCAUGUGCGCAGAUGUGUGGUGGG